CCCCCCCCCCCCCGGAACUGGACUCCCUCUCGUCUGGCCACAAGACCAAGAUUAUCCCUGAAGGCAGUUCUAGCUACGAAGGUGGGAACAUCUCCCAGCAAUCGGCCAAGUAUGUGUGCGCCAUGUUCUCCCGUUCUAUCGCCCAUAGAUCUUUUCUGAUAUGGCCCAGGCUGGAGGCAAUCCCCGGUCGGAUGGUGACUCCCAGCAGCCCUCCAUCUUCAAGGUGGUUCUCCUGGGCAGCAGCUCUGUGGGCAAAUCCAGCCUAGCUCUGCGAUUCCUCAAGAACGACUUUAGGGAGAUCCUGCCAACCCUGGGCUGCGCCUUCUUCACUCAUAUGAUGGAAGUGGAUGGGAAGGCCUUGAAGCUGGAGCUCUGGGACACCGCGGGACAGGAGAAGUAUCACAGCGUUUGCCACCUCUAUUUUCGGGGCGCCAAUGCCGCUCUCUUGGUUUAUGACAUUGCCAAGAAGGACACUUUCCACAGGGCCCAGAACUGGUGGAAGGAGCUGGAGAAUGAGUUUCAGCCUGAAGAAAUUGUUGUAAUUUUGGUAGGCAACAAGAUGGAUCUUGAGGAUUCUCGGGAAGUGACAUUUGAGGAAGGAAAAACAUUCUCAGAAAGUAACAAGUUACUGUUCAUGGAAACAUCGGCCAAACUAAACUACCAAGUGACCGAAGCCUUCACUGCCAUAGCUCGUGAGUUAUUACAAAGGGAAGAACAACAUGGCGGCCCAGCUCAGCAGAAGAACCCCUCGAUUGAUCUGGAGAAUUCAGCCAGUCAAAAGAAGGGCAAAUGCUGCCUGGACUAGGGGGAGACAAGUCCCAUGGGGAGCCCUCCCUCAAAUUUGGCUUCCUCUUGGGCUGCAGUCAUGAAGAUGAGCCUGAUGGCUUUGGCUUGGCCUUUGCCAAUGGAUAGACCUACCCUGGCUAUGGCAGCAUUGGCUUUGAAGGCAGCUCCUGAGAUGUUGGACUUGCUGCCUUACAGCCCCCUCCCAGGAAUUGGGAGAAAAUCAUUGGCCCUCAAAGGGAUGUUUCCUGAUGGAGCCUGUGGGGGGAGGAAUGGGACAAGGUUUUGGGAGGAAGCCUGGAGCUGGAGCCAGAAUGCCUAGAUGGUUCCAUCCCUGAGACCCCACAUCUAUCUCAGGGACCCCACAGCCUCUCCCCAUAAGGGCAUCACUGACUUAGAGCUGAGUGGGAACAUGGAGGACAUCUAGCCCAUUCCCCUCAGAUGACGAACAGAGUAUGUAAGGGACCACACAUCCAUCAAAGGUUAAAGCAGACACAAAGUGCUCUAACCACUGCACUGCCCAGCUGCUUCCUGACUGCAUUAGGGACCUCCCCUCAGUGACUGGCACCAGCUGGGCACACCAUCUGCAGGUAGCCAGAAGGAGCUAAAAUGGGAAGGGCAGGAGUGAGAAUGGGGGAAACUGUUAAAGGGGUCUAAAUUCAUGUCUUCAUCAAUGUGCUUGCUCCCAGAUUCUUGGGAAGGCACUUCUCAAAUCACUUUCAGUAUUUUGAACCCAUCACCUUAUCAGUAAAUUGUAACCCCUGUGCAUCAUCACAUGGGAGUCUCAUACUUGCUAAUGGUGUCAAGUCAUUGUUAACCUCCCUGGGCCUCAGUUCCCCAAUCUGUAAAAUGAGGGGGUUAGCUAAAUGGUCUCUAUGUGCCCUUUCAGCUCUAAUGACACCAGUGUCACCCACUCUCUCCCUCCUGGGGCUGAUGGGAGUAAAGUACUCUGAAAAUCCAGAAAGAAUAAGAAAUAUGUUUAGCUGGUUAAUCAGUCACUCGACAGACAUUUAAGUACAUACUAUGAGCCCCCAGAAAGGCAAAUAGAAGUAAAAAGGAAGACUGGCCCUCCUCUCAAGGAGCUUCCACUCUAAUGAUGACAAAAGUAAAAGGAAGCUGAGAAGUGGGGGGGUGGGGGUGGGCAGCCCGCUGGGCAUGAGCAAGAUUUCCAGUGGGAAAGGAAGAGGAUAUUAUUAAUAACAGUAGGGUAGACACUAGUCAUUUCAAUUUAGAAGCUGGCUCUAUCUCCCUCUUUUGGAAUUUUCUUGGCAGAGAUACUGGAGUAGUUUGCCAUUUCCUUUUCCAGUUCCUUUUACAGAUGAGGAAACUGAAGCCAAUAGGGUUAAGUGACUGGCCCAGGGUCACACAACUAGUAAGUGUCUAAGGCUAGCUACGAACUCAGGACAAUGAGUUUUCCUUACUCCAGACCCUAUCGAUUGUGCCACCUGUCCAUUAUUUUAUAGUGCUGUAGCUUAAAAGACAGUGUUGUUCAGUGGAUGGAAUCCUGGACUCAGAAUAGGGAAGACUUGGGUUUGAAUCCUUCUUUAGACACUUACUAAUUCUGUGACUGGACCAAUCCAACAAGCCUUCCUAAGCCUUGGUUUCCUCAUCUAUAAAAUGGGAAUGCUAAUAGCACCUGGCUCACAGGAUUGUUGAGAGAUUUAAAUGAGGAAGUAAUUUCAUCAGACCAUAAGCAUUUAUUAAGUACUGACUGUGUGCAAGGCACUGCCCUGGGUGCUGGGGAUGCAGAGGAAAAAAAUAGACCCUGUCCUCAAGGAGCUUCCAUUCUAUCAGGGGAUUGACAAUAACACAUAAAGUGCCUUGGAAAGUUUUAAGUGACAAAUAAAUGUGAGUUAUUAUUAUUCUGCCAUUACUAUUGUUAUAAUAGCUGACAGGGAUCUCUAGUAUAACCCACCCAUUUUACAGAUGAAGAAACUGAACCAAAGGGAUGAAGCAUCUUGUCCAAGGUCACAUGGUUAGUAAGUGGAGGCAAAGUGAGGAUUUGAACCCAGAUCCCUCUGACUUACAAACCUCCUAGAUCACAUCUCUGAUAAAUAAAUGCCUGAAACAACUUA